UUCUUUUUGUGCCACCCCAUUUGCUUUCUCGUUUUCUUUCAAAGCAAAACAAUUGAAUAAAGAAAAAGCAACCAACCAUUACGACUUCAUAGCUGUUUUUCUAAGCCAAAAAAGUAAGCAAAAAGAAAGAGAAAACACAGAGCAGAAAAGAAAAACAGAGGAUUACAUUUUGCUUUUUUUUUUUUAAUUGCUGAUCUAUUUGUAUUUGGCCCAUUUUCAGAAUUCCCUUCAGUUUCAAUUUCCCAAGUUUUAAAAGCCCCGAGGUUUCUGGGUUUUUCCAGCUAUUGGGUUGAUCUUCAUUUGAUUGCUCUGUCUUUCACUUAAUUCUACCUCUAAGGUUGGAAAUUGAGAAGAAAUAAAUUUAUAUAUAUAGUGAGAGAUGGGGCUUGAAAGAUUGGAAUUUGGAGUUAGAGUUAGGAAAUUUAUGGUGAUAUCAGUUAAAACAUGUCAUAGAUCGGUUCGGAAUCAUCCAUUUUGGGUUGGCUUGUUUUGUUUUUUGAUUUUUUUGAAUAGAUCAUUUCCUUUGUUGUUUUCUGUAUUGGUUACCGCAUCUCCUGUUUUGGUUUGCACUGCUGUUUUGCUUGGUACUCUUUUGAGUUUUGGGUCACCAAAUAUACCCGAAAUUGACGAAAAGGAAGAAGAAGAGAAAGUUAGUCAUGAAGUUUCACAAUUGAAAACUGGGGCUACGGAGGAUGAUACUGUUUUCGAGAGAGGUGGUGGUGAUGAUGAUUUUGUUGUUGAAAGAUAUGUAGGGAAGAAGUGGGAUAUUGCAGACAAUGCUGAUGAGAAAGAUAAUUUGGUUGAUAAUGAGGUCAGUGAAGCAGAGGAAGAAAAUGGUUCAGUUCGCUAUAAGCCAUUGGUUGAUGAGGAUUUGGAUUCUAGGGAUAUUCAUUGUAAGAAUGGGAUGAUUGAUGAGUUGGAGGGAACAUUGAGUGGUUCAUUGUUGGAGAAGAAGUGGGAAAUUCGGGAAGAGAUGCUGGUGAGUGAAGGUGUGUUGAGUAUGGGAGAGGCUGCAGAUGAUCGACAUCUUUUAGCAGAUGAGGUAGGAGAUAGGAAUCUUGAAGUGGAGGAUGGUAAACGCAAUGCAGGUUUCAGUGAUGUACCAAGGGUUGAUGAAUUGGAUUCUUCUCUGGUGUCAUCUUGGAAAUGCACCGCAGAUGAUGAGGAUGAUGGUGUUGAUGAAGAUGAUGAUGAAUCUUUGGAUUCUGGUUCUGAUAGUGCUGAGAGUUCUUCUCCUGAUGCUUCAAUGGCAGAUAUAAUUCUGAUGCUUGAUGAGUUGCAUCCACUUUUGGGCCCUGAAGCUCUACACCCAGCUCAGUUAUCUCAUGAUCGUCUGGAUUCUGCCUCAGAGAGAUCUCAUGGCAGCAAUAAUGAUGAAAGUGUUAACUUGUAUGAGUUAGAAAACCAGAGGGAGGAAGAUAAUGAUGGAGAGGAGGAUGAAGGAGGGGAAAAGGGAGAUAAAGAGGAUGAAAGUAAAUCUGCAAUUAAAUGGACAGAUGAUUAUAAGAAGAAUCUCAUGGAUUUGGGGACUUCAAAGCUUGAAAGAAACCAACGAUUGGAGAAUCUUAUUGCAAGGAGUAGAGCCUGUAAAAACAUGAGAUUGAUGGCUGAGAGGAAUCUAAUAGACUUAGAUAGUGCUGAUAUUCCCUUAAACAUCACACCAAUUUCUACAAGACGGAACCCAUUUGAACUUCCAUAUGAUUCCUACGAUGACCUAGGGUUGCCUCCCAUUCCUGGCUCAGCUCCAUCCAUUUUGCUGCCAAGAAGAAACCCUGUUGAUCUUCCUUAUGACUCAAGUGUGGAAAAAUUCAAUCUUAAAGGAGACAGUUUCCAACAAGAGUUUUCAGGUUUUAAUCAAAAGGAAACAAUUCUCCAAAGAGAAGCCUUCUUUCGAAGACAUGAAAGCUUCAAUGUUGGACCAUCAUCUUUAGGUGUUCCUCAGCAAGAGCUUAACUGGAAACCUUAUUUUGUUCCAGAGCGGUUAGUAACAGAAGGAGCUAACCCUUCCCCAUUCCAAAGGCAGUCAAGUGAAGUUAGCGAGUCGAAGUUGAGUUCUAUUCCUUAUACUGAAUCAGUGAGUUCAGUUCUGGAUGAGGAGGACAAGUCAUAUGAACAAGAUGUUUCUCUAGAAAAUGAAUUGAUUGUGAAUGAAGAUCACGCUUCUGUCCAUGAUGAACAAGAGAGUGAAGCGUCUGGGGAUGUUGAACAAGCCGAUAAUAGAGAUGUUCAUCAUGAUGUGGUUGAGAUCGUAUUGAGAGAUGAAGAAAGUCGGUUGGAAAUGGAAUCAAAUUUGUCUGAAGCUGGAGCAACUGCUCAUGUGGAACUCAAUGCAAGUGAAAUUGUACCAACAUCUCAUGUUGGCCAAGCCGAGAAUAGAGAUGUUCAUCAUGAUUUGGUUGAGAUCACAUCAGGAGAUGGAGAAAGUCAGCUGGAAAUGAAAUCAAAUUUGUCUGAAGCUGAAGCAACUACUCAUGUGGAAAGCAAUGCAAGUGAAAUUCAUCCCAGAACAGAUCCAGUUGAGGAGGAUUAUAGCAGUAGAUCAAGUUUGUCCUCGUUAUCAGAAAUAGAUGAAAAGAUAUCUGCUGUCAGAGGAGAUGGAUCUGCAGGUUUUGACCCCAGAGAUCAUGAAAUUAAAGAAUCUGGCAUUUCUAUACAACCAUCAUUUGAGGAAUCAGAGUUCCAUUUUACAAGCAGGGUGGUUGAUGAUAAUCAGCAUAGUGAACCUGUUUAUGAUUCAAGUCCUCUUAAGAAGUUCCUAUCAUUUUCAUCUGUAUCUUCUGACACACAAGCUGAGAUAUCUGAGAUGGGUUCACCCUCAAUGUUGGUUGAGUCUACUGAUAAGGAACCUGAAGGGCAUGGUGAAACAACUGAGCAGGGUGCUUCUGGUUUUCAAGAGAUGCAUGCAGCAUCCUUAGAUGUACUUAAUGAAAAUGAACCAAGGGCAAGGGAUCUCCCGGAGAUUUGUGAACACGAUGAUACAUAUGCUGGUUCAUCGGGGGUUUCUUCCACUUCUGCUGGUCAUAAUGUAUCAGUGGUGCCUGAAUCUGUGGUUGAAUAUGUUUCAACAGAUGCAGGGUCAUCAUCUUCUGACAAGGGAUUGGAGGAGGAUGUCCCAAAUAAGGAACAAAGCUUUACCAAGAAUCAAGUGGACUCAUUAAGGAUGACUCUUGCUGUUGACCAAGGAAAGGGGGAGGUGUUGAAUUCUUCACCAGCAGUACAACAGCAUCAAAUGCACCCCAAUAAAUCUUCACAGGCUGAACCGGGAGAUAGGCAUGCAGUUGAUAAGGAAGACACUAAGCUUGAGCGAGUUGAAAUCCAUUCAUCAAGUUCAUCAGAGGAUAACUUAGUUGAGGGCAGUGUUAUGCCCAAAGAAGAAAUUAUCCAGACUGAAUGUGAUCAAAUGCAAUCUUCAAACUUUGCUGCAAGUCUUGAUGUUGAUGACCACCACGAUAAGGGUGAGGAGUUGUCUUCCAUGGCUUUGACUUACCAGCAUAUGCCUUCCAAUUCAUCCACAGCAGAGGAAUCAGGUCAGAUAGCGGUGGCUCAAGUUUCACAAAUUGACCUUUUAGAGGCUAGCCUAAGGGAGGUGCAUAAAACGGAAUCUGAAAUGGAUCAAGUCCAAUCAGCAUGUUCUGAUUCAAAGAUUGAUACUGGUCUCGGCCAUGAUAUGAACAUGGAGGGAAUUCCUUCAAACUCUAGUUAUCAAGCUAUGCCUUCUAGAGAAAACCGUUCACCAGAAUUGGAGAAACAGCUGUCGCUGUCUGAUAAAUCUAUGGAUGAACCACACAUUGAUGAACAUGAUAAGCUUGAAGAGCCAUCUAUAAUUGCAACUGAGUCUAGAGGGGAAGUAGACAUUGUCAACAGUGAUGUUAAUGUACAUAAAGUUCAUGAGUCCGAGGACAAACUUUCAACAAAUUCUCUUCUAUGA